GAGCACCUACGACCGGGAUGAUGACAAGCUUGCACAGGACAUCACCACAACAGUUGGUUUCCUCCACCUCUUAAAGAAGGUGUUACGACUUCGGCGUGGCGCCCUCUACUGGAGGUGGAUCUACAAGUUGCGCAACAAGAUGUCCAAAGAGAAACGGGCAGCAUUCAAGGAAGCUGCCGGCAAGAUUGUGACACGUAAGCGGACUGGAACUCGUCAUCUUCGCAAGACGCAGGAGUACCCUGUGGCUUUUGCAAAAGCGAUCGCCACAUUACAUCUUGAGGAUGUGGAGAAGGCUAAAGACCCGCCGGGCCUCACUUUGAACGGUAUUCAGAAGGCCAACCUAGUGUGUCCAGGCGACUGGAGCGAGGCCAACUUAGCCGAGCUGCGUGAUUUCCUCAUUCUCGAGGCCCGGAAUGGGACCUGGAAGCCGAUUGAGGGUUUGCCUUUUUGA